AUGGAGCAGAUCCUAGCUCUUGUGACACAGCUCUAUGGCCGAGUUGAGCGAAGCUACAACGCCUAUCUGGACGUCGUUGAGGUUGAACCAACUUGGCCUCGGUUGCUUAAUCUCGACCAAACCUCGGAAAUGUUUGAAUGGGCUACACAAGUACCAGAUGGUAAAGGCGGUUUCAUGGAGUACCCCCCUCAUCUGAAAGUCAUCCCGAAUGAAGAUGACGUCGGUCUGCUCAAGAUCUUUGACAAGCUCGGAUUGCUGGAGACGCAAUGGAUCAUCAGCCCCUUCAUCCCCGAUUCUUGGUGGGGAGACAUUAUCGAAAAAGGCGCCGAAUGGGUCAUUAAGAGAAUCAGACAAAAGACGGGAGACGUCACCGCCUGGGCCAACCAGGACCCAAACUUCAAGGCUCUCGAGUCCUACAACGAGUCGCAUCGCAAGACGGCGACGGAUGUGUCCGAGGGUAGAAACCUGGGUCUGCUUGGCGACUGGUACAGUGACCGUCGCUUUGCUGAGCAGGCUUUCACCGGCACAAACCCAACGACGCUGGUGAAUAUCGCAAAGACGCCUGGGAACCUGUUGCAGGAAUUUAUCGAUGCUGCUGAGCGCCUUGGAUACAAGGAGUGGCAUCAGAAAUUGACCAAGGCCCAGUCUAAGCCAGAGUCGCUCUUUGUUCAGGACCAUCGCUAUUUCCGCGAGGCUUUUGGCGCGGCACCAGACGAGGAGUUGAAACAUCAAGAACUUGGGGCUGAACUCAACUGGGCUUGUGCGGCUGUGACGCUCUUUGAGCUUCAUGAAGACGGAAGACUGCAUCCUGCCGCCAUUGUGAUUGACUACAAAGUCAGCAUGAAGGAUUCAGUCACCAUAUUCAACAACAGACUGGAGCCCCGCGAUCCUGUUGGAGGAGGAGCCGCCAUCCCCGAGGAGGAGAGCGACUGGCCAUGGCGAUACGCAAAGUCCUGCGCCCAAGUCUCGGACUGGAUGCGCCAUGAAGUGGGCGUCCAUCUGACUCGCGCGCACUUCAUCGAGGAAGCCGUCAUUGUGGCAACGCGCCGCACGAUCCGCAUGGACAGCAUCAUCCACACCAUCCUGGCGCCUCACUGGUACAAGACGCUGUCUCUCAACGCAUCCGCACGAACCAUUCUCGUCCCGCAGGUGAUCAAGGACUUGGUCGGCAUCAGCCCAGAGUACCUCCAAAAGUACGUGCUCUACGAGUUUGAAAACUUUGACUUUGUCAAGCAUUACGUGCCCAAUGACCUCGAGGAGCGAGGCUUCCCCAACACUGCUGAAGGUCUGGCCGCUCCAAAAUACAAAAACUACGCCUAUGCGAAGAACAUGGUUUCCAUGUGGGCGGUCAUUCGCAAAUACGUGUCAGCCAUGCUCUUGACCACGUACAAGCAGGAGACCGCCGAUGCAGAGAUAUCCAACGACACUCACAUUCAAAACUGGGUCAAGGAACUUCGAACCAACGGCAGAAUCAAGUCUUUCCCCGACAUCAAGACUCUGGAUGCCCUCACCGAUGCCCUCACCAUGUGCAUCCACAUUGCCGCGCCGUUCCACACAGCCGUCAACUAUCUGCAAAACUUCUACCAAGCCUUUGUGCCGGCCAAGCCUCCCGCCGUCUGCCAAAAGCUGCCAGCAUCCUUGGAAGAACUGAAGUCGUACACUGAACCAGAACUCAUUAAUGCUCUCCCCAUUGGUCGCGAGCGACAAUGGCUUCUGGCCGUACAAGUGCCUUGGCUGCUCAGCUUCAAGGUCGCAGAUGAGCGCAGCUUGAUCAAGUUUGCUUAUUCGCAAUCGCGAAACUAUCGCAGUGGCUUCGGUAAGAAGGCCAGGGCUAUUCGCACAAUUAGCGGUCAAUUGCAUGACGAUCUCAACAAGUUGGGACCGGAAUUCGUCCUUACAAGCCAGGGGAUGGACAAGGGAAGCAUUCCCUACAUGGUCUUGGAUCCAAACGUCACGGCUGUUUCUAUCCUUAUUUAA